AUGUCCUCGAAGAAUCUUCUGGGCAGCACGCGUGCGGCACCUGAUGGCACAUACAAGGGCCUGGCAAACAAGACAUCCUUCGUCCAGAGAAACCCCGAUGCGCCCAGUCGCACAGUCGGACCUAUCAAAGCACCAACCAACAUCAGAAACCAUUACGGCUUCUGCGGAUUCGGCGACAAUUGCAAGUUCCUUCAUGCCCGUGAGGACUACAAGCAGGGAUGGCAGCUGGAUAAGGAGUGGGAGGAUGUUGCCAAAGGCAAGAAGAAUUUGGGUGGAACCAUCGUCGCGGAUGCAAAUCGAGAUAAGGUGGCAGACGACGAUAAUGAGGAGGAAGACGCUAUGCUUGAGAACAUCCCGUUCGCCUGCAUCAUCUGCAGAGAACCAUACAAGUCACCAGUUGUAACGAGAUGCGGUCAUUACUUCUGCGAGCCUUGCGCGCUCAAGAGAUACAGGAAAGAUCCAACAUGCGCGGCAUGUGGAAGCGGGACUAGCGGCGUCUUCAACUCGGCGUCAAGACUCAAGAAGUUGCUCGACAGGAAGAGAGCGAGAGCCGCGAAGAAACGGCAGGACGCAAUAGACGCUGGAGAGGAGGUCAGCGAUGAGGAGGAAGAAUGA